GACAAACAACUUACUAAUUACUCGUUUGCCGCCUAUCGCCAACUAAAUUAUAGAUUUAGCAUAUCAUCGCAAUAAAAUUAAUAGGUAUUUCAUCGAUACUAGUGAAUAUUGAAGAGGUGAAAGGUCGAUUUUACAGAUUAAAGAAAAGCGAUUGAUAGCAGCACAAUGAUGAAGGAGGCAUUUGUUAAUAUUUGCCAUAUACCAACACACAUCAUAACAUGGGGCGGCUGGAUCGAGGAAUCUAUGGACGAUGUAAAAGAAGUGGCAAUUUGCAUAACUGGGAAUCCAGGAUUACCGGGUUUUUAUACAGAAUUUUGUGGAGAAUUGCACAAAAGAUUAGAUGAGAAAAUGCCAGUCUGGGUGAUUGGGCAUUUGGGUCACGAUGAUCCUCCAGAAUCCAGCUUAAGAGAAGUGCCACAGUUGAAGGGAAACGAAGAAAUCUUCGAUUUACAGGGACAAAUACGUCACAAAAUUGAAUUCAUUGAAAAGUAUGUACCCGCCGGUGUAAAAAUACAUUUAAUGGGUCACUCAAUUGGUGCCUGGAUGAUUUUACAAAUGCUACAAAAUGAAAACGUGCGUAAACGCGUAAAAAAAUGUUAUCUCCUGUUUCCCACCGUUGAACGUAUGAUUGAAUCCUCCAACGGUUGGGUAUUCACUAAAAUUGGCUUGCCAUUAUAUUCCGUGUUCGGUUUCCUCAUCACACUAUUCAAUCGCUUGCCAGAAUUGCUAAGAAUAUUCCUAAUACAAAUCUACUUUUGGUUUUCCGCCAUACCCAACUAUUUUAUUGGUACCGCUUUAAAGUACACCAAAGCGUCUGUUUGUGAAAAGGUUGUUUUUCUGGCCGAAGACGAAAUGGCUCGUGUACGUGGCUUGCAAAAGGAUAUAGUGAGAGCGUACUUGGAUCUGUUAAAGUUCUAUUAUGGUACAACAGACGGCUGGGUACCGGUUAAGUACUUUACCCAAAUCAAGGAACAAUUUCCCGAAAUUGAUGCCGAAUUGGAUACAAAGAAAAUUGAUCAUGCCUUUGUUCUUCGCCACUCUAAGCCCAUGGGUGCCAUUGUGGGCGAUAUGAUUAUAGAAAAUUCUGACAUUUUGGGCUCUAAGAAGUCUCUUUAAUCAGACGCUUGAUCUCGUUUUAUAUUUUAAUUUGUAUGUAGAAUUACAAAAUCAUACUUAUAAACAGCAUUUAAAUAGCGAAUAUAAAAAAUAAAAAGAA